AUGCAUUCCGAUGCCAACAGUCGCGUACGGAGCAACUCGGCCCUUGCUGAUGACGAUAUGAAGCACGAAGACGGCGGUCCCGACGUCAGGAUGGCCGACGCGAAGCCCACCUACAAGUCGUGGAAGAAGAAGUACCGCAAGAUGCGUAUCAAGUUCGACCAGAAGAUGUCACAGGGCGAGGAUCUCUAUCAACAAGAAGUCAAGGCCAUGAGGAAGAUUAAGCAGUUGGCCAUCUACAACGACCGCCUCCUCGAUCUCCUCACAGACAUCAACAAUCGGCCACAGAUCCCCACAGAGAAGCGUAUUGAUGUCAGCCUCGACAUUCCUUCCGAUGCCGAGGAAGGCUUCAUCCUGGGCAUCGACAGGGAACCUCGACCUGGCCCCCGCCCUGCCAAAGCACUAAAAGACCUCAUCAAGGAGACACCGCACCUUGAUUUUGCUACCACCGCCGACCGCCUGCCUGAGCUUGCAGCCGACCUUCUUACUGGCAUCGACUCGCCUGCUGCUGAGGCCACCCACCAGCAACACCCGCCCUCUUUCCUGACUGCCGACGACAUUGACAACUACCUAUGGGAAGUUGAUAUGCAGGCCAAGGCUGAAGCGGAGGAGCGCGGUGAGGACGUCGAAAUGCUCCCCACACUCGCUCCUCUGGCACGAGAGAGUGGUGCCGGCAGCCAUGGCGCGACCCGAGGCGCCACUCCCUCUUCAGCGCCACCUAACACCAAGGACACGUCAGCUGCCGGUGCCAGUAGCAUCAGCACGACGAGUCGAGAUUUCGCGUUGCGGAACCCAGUGAGCGUGUACAACUGGCUUCGAAAGAAUGCACCUAAGACGUUCCUGCAAGACAACGAAACCGGUGAGGAGAAGAAGGAGAGGGGCCACAACGGCGAGAAGCAAUCCCGCAAGGCCCACCGCACAGCGGAUGAUGACGAGGAUGACGACGAGACUCGUACUCCUGCCAGGAAGAUGACAAGUGCGGGCCGCAAACCGAGCGGCGAAGGUGGACGCGCAAGCCUAGGGGCAGCGCGCGUCAAGGGCGAGCGGGCGCCCAAGACCGAGCGAGUGACUAAGAGAUCCAAGGCCGCGUCUGGUAAGGUCAAGCGGCAGUCGAUGGAUGAGAGCAUGUAUGACCUGGACGAUGAGCUCGGUGUUCAGGCCGCAAACGCGAGGCCAUCAGCUACUAAGGGCAAGCGCAAGCGCGUUGCUGUGGACGACGAUACAGGCUACCGCCCUAAGGGAGGUUCGAGCCGCAGGCCGACCAAGAGACGUAACAAGAAUAACUCUGUCAGCUUGGCCUCAGCGGGCGGUGCCGGCCCGGACGACAGUAUCGAGGCUUCCGGGAAAGCCGACAUUUCGCUGGGGAAGAAGGCUGCGAGGAUUAGGGACGAGGCUGACGCGCUUGAGACAGCAUCGGUAGAUGCCGAGGCGGAGAUGGAGGAUUAA